AAUUAUCAUCACAGUACCAACAACUAGCCGUCCUAUUAACUAGUCGCACCAUGAAAGAACUGUCUUCUCUCUUUAUUUUGGGAGUUUUCUCCUUGUCGGUACUCUGUGCAGAAAUUAAGAAACCCGAGCCUCCUACAGUGAACGCUGUUGACAUUAUCGCCAGGACCAACAAGACUGACGAUGGCGAAGGAACCAACGUGGCCGAAGAACAAGGAAACAAACGAACGAAAAAAUCCACCACUACAACUUUCUGUGUAGAAAUAAGACCCAGCGACUCGCAUCAAAAGCCUUACCAAGUCUGCGAGCCAGCUGCUCCAACACCCUCCUACUCAGCUCCAGCACCAGCUUAUGAGGCUCCCGCUGCAGCUCCAAGCUACCACGCUGCACCCGCACCAGCAGCCUACUCUGCUCCAGCUCCAGCUAAAAGUUAUGCCGCUCCUUCUUCAGCAUAUCCUACCAAGCCCUACGCCGCUCCAGCUCCGGCUGCCAAGCCCUACUCUGCCGCCCACGCUGCUCCUUCUUACACUUCUUACAGAAGCGCCAACGAGGAAGAACUCGAGGAAUCUAACUGGUCAAACAUGAUGCAAAUGAGAAUGGCUGAUGCUGAGGAUCUCGAACAGAUGGAACAGCAAAUGCGCACCGAUGAUUCCCAAGAAAAAGAAAUGGACGAAGACAACUCUAUGAUGCGCAAAGCCAGCGGCUACGGCUAUGGAGCUCCUUCUUAUGGAGGAGGUGUUGGACCCAGCGCGGCUCUCGCUGGUGCUGGAGGAUAUGGAGGUGGUGAGGGAUACGGAUCUUCCUUGGCAUACGUUCCUGCUGAACCCAAAAAGAAGCACCACCAAGGACUUGUUAUCACCUGUCAACCAAAUUUAGCUGGUUACGCUCAUGGACUUGCAGGUGCCGAUCACGGAGGUGGUGCCGGUUAUGGUGCCUACCGUUCUGCUGGUUAUGGAAAACCUUAUUCCUAUGGUUCAUACGCUCCGCAAGCCGUUUAUAAGCCUUCAGCUUAUAAGGUCCCAUCUUACACUGCUCCAGCAGUCUAUAAAGCUCCAAGUUACUCUGCUCCAGCGCCAAGCUACUCCGCACCGGCCUACAGUGCCCCUGCUUCUGCUUACUCUGCUCCUGCUCCAGCCUAUUCUGCUUCAGCUACUUCAUACUCUGCCCCAUCUUACACCGCUCCUGCCCCAUCAUAUUCUGCUCCAGCUCCGGCAUCAUCUUACUCCGCUCCUGCCCCGUCAUAUGCUGUUCCGGCUCCGGCCUAUUCUGGUUCGGUUCCUUCAUACUCUGCCCCAUCUUAUUCGGCUCCUGCACCAUCAUAUGCUGCUCCAGCUCCGGCAUACAAAGCUCCAGCCGCAUCUUAUGCCGCUCCAGCCCCGUCAUAUGCUGCUCCAGCUCCGGCAUACAAAGCUCCAGCCGCAUCUUAUGCCGCUCCUGCCCCGUCAUAUUCUGCUUCAGCGCCAGCUUACGCUGCCCCAGCAGCAACUUACUCCGCUCCUGCCCCAGCCUCAGCUUAUGCUGCUGCCGCAGCCUAUGCUGCCCCAGCACCAGUAUAUUCUGCUCCGGCUGUAGCCCCAUCAUACUCUGCUCCGGCGCCAGCGUACAAACCUGCUUCUUACUCAGCUCCUGCCCCGUCAUAUUCUGCUCCAGCUCCGGCAUAUAAGGCUCCAUCCUACAGUGCCCCAGCACCAGCGUACUCUGCUCCCGCACCAGCCUACUCUGCUCCAGCACCAGCCUACUCUGCUCCAGCACCAGCCUACUCUGCUCCAGCACCAGCCUACUCUGCUCCAGCUCCAACAUAUUCUGCACCAGCUCAAGCAUACAAAGCCCCAGCACCAACGUACUCUGCUCCCGCUCCAGUAUAUAAUGCCCCAGCACCAUCCUACUCUGCUUCAGCUCCAGCAUAUUCUGCUCCCGCCCCAGCACCAUCCUACUCUGCUCCAGCUCCAGCAUACAAAGCUCCAGCCCCAGCCUACUCAGCUCCAGCCCCAGCCUACUCUGCUCCAGCUCCAGCAUACUCUGCUCCCGCCCCAGCGCCAGUCUACUCUGCUCCAGUUCCAGCGUAUAAAGCUCCAGCCCCAGCCUACUCAGCUCCAGCAUACAAAGCUCCAGCCCCAGCCUACUCAGCUCCAGCAUAUUCUGCUCCCGCCCCAGCACCAGCCUACUCUGCUCCCGCUCCAGCGUACAAAGCUCCAGCCCCAGCCUACUCAGCUCCAGCUCCAGCAUACAAAGCUCCAGCACCAUCCUACUCUGCUCCUGCUCCGGCAUAUUCUGCUUCGGCUUCAGCAGCAGCAUACAAAGCGCCAGCAACUUACGGAGCUUCAGCCUCAAGUAGUGCGUACAGUGGAUCGGUUCCCAGCUACAAACCUCCAGCCACUUACGGAGCGUCCCCUUCAAGCUACAAAGCUCCAGCCUACUACAGAUCUGCUGAAAACGAAGAUGCCACUUCUGUGGAAAAAGUGGAUAAGAAAGUAGAGCACGAGAUGCACAACAAGAACAACACGACCGUCAAAGUUGAGGAAGAGAAAGUGGGCGCUACUCUUGAAAAGAAGGACGGUUGGACUGCUGAGAUGAGGGAAGCUACUGACUCGAAGCAGAACUGGACCAAUGGGAUGCGAGAAGCCGAUGAAGCAAAGGCACAAGGUUGGGCCGGUGAUAGAAGAGAAGCCACGAAGGAAAAGGAUACAGAGAAGAUAACUUCCCACAUGGCGCAGGAUGCCGCAGAUACUGUCAAGAAUGAAGUUGAAAAUUAGUUACUAGUCUUAAGUUUUGUACUUUUUUAUGUUGUGAAUAUACGAUUUAUCAAGA